UUUAUCAGCCAAAACUUCAGAUAGAACAUGCUUCCAAGUCCAGUCCCGUCUCCAAUCUCUGAACCUCCACGCUGGAACCCAGUAGUGCUGGCUUUGGUGGGGUUUUUUUGUAGCAUCUUCAUGGUAUUCAGCUACUACAGGAUAUUACAAGGACACUGCAGCAGAUUUCGUGGGACAAACCAGGGUCCAAGGCAAUUUCUGAGGGUGGAGAACCCCAACGAUCCCUCUCUGCAGUUCCAAAGUCGAGGACUCGACUCUUAUAUCAUGCACUCGCUUCCCAUUACUCAGUUCAAGAAGAAGGCUGCAGAAGAAUUAGGCCAAAACAGAACUGAUUGUGCAGUCUGCCUGGGUGAAUUUGAAGAUGGUGAAUGGCUAAAGCAUCUUCCAAACUGUUCCCAUGUCUUUCAUGUUUCUUGCAUCGACACUUGGUUCCAGACUCAUUCGAGCUGUCCCCUCUGCAGAUCAUAUGUCUGUAAUCUUGCAAUGGACAACGGCUAUUCUGUUUCUGUGUACAAUUUGCUAGAAACUCUGAGGAGGGAAAAUCUCAUUCAAGAUAGAUCAGAACACCAUCAAUCCCUUAGGUCCCAAAUCCUGCAUGGUUCUUCCCUCGGAAUAAAUCCACAAAAUGCAAGCUGAUCACGAUA